AUGAGUCCGGCUCAACUUGCGCGGAAGCGUGCACAAGAUCGCGAGGCACAGAGGAUGGCGCGCGCUAGAACCAAAGAGCGAAUAGAGAGUUUGGAGCAAGAGGUGAAGGAGCUUAGACAGAAAGCAUUAAGUCACAACAACGGUGACGCAAAUACGAUCCAGAGGCUUCUCCAGCGCAACAAAUUACUUGAGGACGAGUUAGCCUGCUGGAGAGAUUACGUGCUUCCCGUCAGCGGAGCCACAUCUCCUUUCCAGGCAUCAGCUGCUCCUACACAAUUAGCAGGCGACACAGCUUCUAUGGUUUAUCCCUUCAAUUGCCAGCCGGAACCCGAUCUAUGGGCACAGAAUAAUAGCCUCAUGACGGGGGGCGGCGUCAUGGCUUGGCAAGCAAACUCUCCCGUGCCAAACGAACGGAGCUCACAUUGCUCUAAUGCACACGCGGAUCUCGCCCCACCUUUCAAUGAUGGUGCAGACAAAAGCUUCAAUGCCUCUGGAACUAGAGCCCUCGCAAUACUGCCUCACAUAACGUCACGAUUAGCUGCGAGGAUAUUGCCCUCUCGCAACGGCAUCACCGUCUCGGACCUCACCUCUUGGAACCCCAAGGCGGGCAGCGACUGCUCGCGCAUCUACGGCCAGACCUGGGCCUGCGUGGAUCCCAUCCGCAGCUUCAACUUUGAUGACGGCUCAUCGCAGCAGUGGAAGACGGCCUCUGGCUCUUUCGAUGCCUCCUCCAAGAGCCUGGCCGCCAGGUCAUUCUCCAACAAGACUUACUACGACGUCGUCUUCAACGACGCCGCCUUUGAAGCCCAACUCAAGCUACCCUCUGGCCGCGGCGGCAACGCCGGCCUCAUGUUCCGCGCCUCCGACAUUGGUUCCGGCGGCGACGCCUACCAGGGCUACUUCGCUGUCAUCAGCGCUUCUGGAGAUCUUAUCUUGGGCCGCGUCAACAACGACUGGCGCGAGAUUGGCCGUGCCAAGGUCCGCGACGUCGCUGCGGAUCGUCCCUUUGCCAUCAAGGUCGUGGCCAAGGGCGACUACCUUUCCGUGUACGUCAACGAUAUGGACAGGCCUGCGCUGUCGGUCCGAGACGGCACUUACAAGUCUGGUCGAUUCGGCGUGCGCACGCACGAGACCGAGGCUGUCUUUGACAACUUUGCUGUGUCGACGGUCGUCUUUGACGAUUUUGAGAGGAACCUGGUCAACUGGAAGAUUUACGACGGCGGCUUCGACGCGCGCACAAAGGAGAUGGUGGCUGCCAACGUCCAGAGCGGCCAGAUUGCCUACCAGGCUGAGUUUGAGGAUGUGGUAGUCGAGGCGGAUGUAGCCAUCAACAACAACGGCAAUGGCGGCUUCAUCAUUCGCGCGUCCAACAUUGGCAAUGGUCCUGACGCGUACAGGGGCAACAUCAAGUACCAUCUGCGCGUCAAGGCGCAGGGCGACUACAUCCAGGUCUGGGUGGACGAGAAUCUGGUGAUUCAGCACCGCGACGGCAGCUACAGUAAGGGCAUGACGGGUGUCAAGGUGUUUUCGACGGGUGCGGUAGUGGACAACUUUACUAUUCAGAAGCUGUGA